AUGCCUCAGAAGCAGGGUCGUGUUAAAGCAAAGCGGGCAAGAUCGGGCACGUCUGAUGCAAAGCGACAGAGGAAGGCUACCGCGCACGAGGCUAGUCUCGGUGAUAGCGACGCCGACCUUCCCAUUAGAGAACACACUAUGGAGGUGGAUGGGGAGGUAUUUCGGGAAGAGACGGUUGGUGCCGAUGAGUGUCCGAUCGAUUUUGAAGACGUUCUCGAUGACGCCGAUGCAGAGGAGGAGGAGGAUUAUGAUUUGGAUGGUGAGAUUCACCAAGAUGAUGAUUUUGAAGUGAAGGCAGAAAAGUAUCGCCGCCGCAUGUUGGCUCAGAAGCAACUCGCAGAUGCUGAGCAGCAGGAAGAUAUACAAACACGCAGCAAUAAGACAACCCCCUUUGAGAUUGAAACCGAGGUGGAUCUGGCAACAUCGGCGGGGCUCACCCAACCGGGUGACCUCCAGUUAAUUCGUCCGUCUCAUUCCACUGAGGAGCUGCGGGACCGUAUCCAGGAAACGCUGCGUGUGCUCUCUAAUUUCAGGGAGGAUCGUGAGGAGGCGCGCACCCGGACGGCGUAUGUGGAACUGCUGCGCUCAGAUCUUUUGCAGCUGUACGAGUACAACGAGUUCCUCAUGGACUGUAUACUGCUUAUGUUUCCUCCGGCCGAGGCGGUUGACUUUUUAGAGGCCAUGGAGAAGCCCCGGCCUACGACCAUACGUGUGAACACCCUCAAGUCUAAGCGGCGAGACUUGGUCCAGGCCCUUGUGAAGCGCGGCAUGAAUGUCGAGCCAUUGGAAAAGUGGUCCAAGGUCGGGCUGCAGGUCUUUGAGUCCAAUGUACCGAUUGCCGGCACAAUCGAAUACCUGGCGGGGCACUAUAUGCUUCAGGCCGCCGCAUCCUUUUUGCCGGUCAUGGCAUUGGCGCCACAGGAGCAUGAGCGCGUCCUGGACAUGUCUGCAGCUCCGGGAGGCAAGACGACAUACAUCGCCCAGCUCAUGAAGAACACCGGCGUGGUUUUUGCUAACGACGUCAGUGAGGCGCGCUGUCGGUCCCUCAACGCCAACCUGCAGCGUCUCGGCGUCACCAACUGCAUCGUUACCAAUUACGACGGAGACGGCUAUGCGAAGGUCAUGCGCAGCUUCGACCGCGUUUUGCUAGACGCGCCAUGUACCGGUACCGGCAUCAUCUCCCGGGACAAGAGUAUUAAGAUUAGCAAGCAGCACGAGGACGUUCAGCGCGCCGCCCAACUUCAGCGCACACUUCUACUGAGCGCAAUCGAUGCCUGCAAGGUUGGUGGCUAUGUAGUGUACUCUACUUGUUCCUUUCUCACUGAAGAGGAUGAGGCCGUCGUUGACUUUGCGCUGCGGCGCCGGCAGGUAAAGGUAGUGGAUAUGGGGCUCCCCUUCGGUCGCCCUGGCUUCACCAAGUACCGCCACCACCGCUAUCAUGACAGCCUGGAGAAAUCUCGACGGUAUUUUCCACACGUGCACAACAUGGAUGGCUUCUACGUUUGUAAGCUCAAGAAGAUUUCUGAAGAGCGAAGCAUUCCGGAGGAGGUCAAGGCGCCAAAAGAGAAGGGUACUCGCAAUAAAGUUCCUAGUCGGCCAAAAGUUGGAGGUCGAAAAGAAAGGCACCCACCUCAUGAGGUGGCGACAGCGGAAAGCAGGCGCGCCAAGCUGAGCAUCCCACCGAAAGAAAAUAGUUCCUAG